AUGGAUACAACCGCUAGUGGGCCCUCGAGCAUUCAGUGCCUCAACAUAGCGGAGCAAUCAAUAGCUUCCCUUUCCCCUCAGCCCAUAACCCAUCAAAGGCAAAAUCGUCAUUGUUUCGGCAGUGUGGGCCCGGGCGAGUUCCCUCUGUCAGCCAACCCUUCAAUCGUCCUCCAUUUCCUCACAGCCUGCAACAUAAACCCUCAGGACCUUGCAAAACUCGAGGCAAGUGCUACGUGUUGGUUCUUUAGGCAGCCUGCGAAUUUUGCACCUGAUAAUGAGCUUUCGUUGGCCGAGCUGGCGGCCCUGGACAUGUGCCGUGAACGGGCCGUGUUUAAAUUGAUGACGGUUGAGCAGAGCCGUGAUUUGAAGCAGAUGUGUGGGGGCUCUUGGAAAUUGGUCUUGAGGUAUUUGUUGGCUGGCGAGCUGUGUUAUAGAAGGGAGAAGGCCCAGGCAAUUGCAGGCCCAGGUCACAGUCUUGUCGUGACUAACGGUGGAAAUGUGUACUCGUUUGGUUCUAACAGCUCGGGACAGCUGGGGCACGGAAAUACCGAUGAGGUGUCACGGCCUCGUUUGAUUAGAUCUCUCCAAGGGAUUCGUAUUAUUCAUGCAGCCGCAGGGCCUGGACGAACAAUGCUAAUUAGCGACACGGGUCGUGUUUACUCGUUCGGAAAAGAUUCUUUCGGAGAACCAGAGUACUUAGUCCAAGCAAACAAAUUUGUCACGACCCCUCGGCUAGUGGAUUCUUUAAAAGACAUAUUUAUCGUGCAAGCCGCUAUUGGGAAUUUUUUCACAGCCGUUUUAUCCCGAGAGGGAAGAGUAUACACAUUUUCAUGGGGUAAAGAAGAUAAACUCUGCCAUCAGACGGAUCUUAAUGAUCUGGAGCCCCGCCCGUUGUUGGGCCCGCUUGAGAAUGUUCCGGUAGUUCAGAUUGCAGCUGGUUAUUGCUAUCUUCUUGCUCUGGCUUAUCAGCCAGGUGGCAUGUCUGUUUACUCUGUGGGGUGUGGAUUGGGAGGGAAGCUCGGGCACGGGACCCGAGCUGACGAGAAGCAACCGAGACUUAUCGAGCAAUUUCUUAACUUAAAUCUCGAGCCAGCUGUGAUUUCGGCUGGGGCUUGGCACGCGGCAGUUGUGGGGAAAGACGGUCGAGUUUGCACCUGGGGAUGGGGAAGGUACGGUUGUUUGGGCCACGGGAAUGAAGAUUGCGAGUUGGUACCUAAAGUGGUGGAAGCAAUUCGUGACGUGAAAGCUGUCCACGUGGCGACGGGAGAUUAUACAACAUUUGUUGUCUCGGAUGGUGGGGAAGUUUAUUCUUUCGGCUGUGGAGAGUCGUUGAGUCUUGGUCAUAACCGAGCUCCUGAUGAACAGGGGAACAGGCAAACAAAUGUGCUGAGUCCGCAGCUCGUGACUUCCCUAAAGCAAACGAAUGAAAAGGUUGUACAGAUAAGCCUGACUAAUUCUGUAUACUGGAAUGCGCACACUUUUGCUCUCACAGAAUCGGAUAAGCUUUACGCGUUUGGGUCUGGUGAUAAAGGUCAGCUUGGUGUCGAGCUUGACCCCGAUCGUACUGAGCGGGCCAGGCCAGAACGGGUUGAUAUUGAUCUCAGUUGA